GUCCCGGCACUGUUGCAAGGUGUUCCAGUUUCGGUUGCAGGAUUUGCAAGUGGUCGUCAGUCGUUGACAAUCUGCUUAGCAAUCUCAACAAAGUACAUCGAGGCGCCUACAGAUACUAUCAACUUCAAGAUGCCUGGAUCAAACGUUGCCCUCUCAAGUAAAUUUCUCACCAGCAGCAACACUUGCCGAGAAGUGGGAUGGAUGGACCCCGUGCUCUGGAGCACUCUCUCCGACCCCUUUUUGGAGAAAAUUCUCUCGUACCUCCCAUUGCCGCUCCUCCAGCCCAUGAGAGCCGUCUGUAUGAAGUGGAACCACCUCCUGCAAUUGUCCAGGUUCUUAUCCAUGCAGCGGGAUGUGACGAUGCAGUGUCCGUCUUACGUGCUCACCUACAAUGAGCCCGCGUCCUGGGCCUUCUCCUACUUCCAGUCUGGACCGGAGCUCUUCAACCUCCGCAAAAGCUCCCUCUACUGCCCCAUCUCCAAGAAGUGGUUCAACAUGUCCCUGGACUGUCUUCCAUGUCGUGGCUUCUACAUCUCCUCUGUGAACGAAGGAUUAUUUUGUUUCGUUGGCUACAAAUGGAAUACGACUGCGACGAAGAGGGAAGUGGUGCACGGUGUCUGCAACCCUGCAACCCGCGCAUUCAGAGUCAUCCCCCCGUGGGAUGAAUCCAAGAUUUACAACAUGCCGCACUUCACAGCCAUGUUGGUGGACAAUUCCACCCGAUCCUACAAAAUCAUCCUCAUCGACCACGACAUGCGGGCGACGCGCACUUACGACUCGGCGUGCAUGGCGUGGACAGAGUCCGGCGGUGUACCAUCGCGCCACAAUUUCCCGUACAAUGGCCGGUUUCCCAACCAAACAAUCGUGAGAGGAAACACGCUCGUGUGAGCCACGCAGUGCCAGAGCGGGAUUUCGACGUAUAACAUGGAAACGGGUGUGUGGGCAUCGUACCACGUUGCGAUUCCGAGCAUGUAUAGCCCAGUGCAUCUGGUGCAGCACCAUGGCCGCAUUUUGAUCGUCAGCCGCGUCAUGAAAGCCAAGUACGAGGGUUCUGAUAAGCUUCAAAUCUCGGAGCUAGACCCCACAGGCUUGCGCGCCGUGACUCUCCUGGACAAUGUUCCUCCGGGUCCCUCCAAACAGUUUCUGGAUCACUUCAAAGUGUGUGAGUACAGCAGCAUCGACGAGCCCGAGGGACUGUGUUUCAUUUCUGCCAUCACGGGUGACCGGUGGCUGUAUGACUUGAAGGAGCGGUUCUGGCACAUUCUGCCCAACAGCCCGGGGAGCAAGACGAAUAGCAUGGCGACUUAUGGGGGGUUCUCAAUCCAUUUGAGAGUGGAUCUACAACCCUAGGAAAGUGAUCUCACACACACGCAAUAGAUAUCGUAAGAUUUUUAUUAAAUAAAAUAAAUAAUAGUAAAAAAAACACGACAACAACAACAACUCACAGGUCACACAGUUUAGACCUGUGACUUCCGGUGCAGUGAGUGGCCUCACUCUGGUUACGAAACGCUUAUGUAAGAAUGUGCCUCACUUAAUAGCCGAGUGGCUAUCUUUACAGUA